CAGUGUCCCUGUAUCAACAGUGGAGAGUUCACUUUAAAAGUUUUGCGGAAAUCUUGAUAUUGUCGUGCGAUGUCGUCUCCAUUUGUCUUGACAUUGUUGUGUUCUAUCGUGGCCGUGGCUCUCCUUUGUCCUGUAGACGCCGGGUCAGAUACUCGCGAAGAGCAGUGGGCCGAUGACAUGGCUCUCUCUGAUGACGACUCUGCGUUCCGGACUGCAGAUGAACUGGAGAUGCUGAACAACAAACUGCGCAGUCUACGGGAACUGCUUGAGUUAGAAACUCGCGGUGUUCAACCGGAAAUUGAGAAGUUACUGUCUGGUUUUAAAGGUGUCAAACUGACAGGAAACGGUGACAUCCCUACCAAGCCGUUCCUAGAUGCCUGCCGUCGCAUGGUACCUUUCUUUGAUCUUCUCGGAGAAACGGCUUUUGCACCUGUAAAAUCGGACAUAAACGGAAACAUCCUCAAGUUGACUAAGAAAUACUCCACCGACCCGGACCGCUUCUCCACUUUACAAGACAUCGUCAAACAGGAAAUGGCUGAGAAAACUACAAAGGCUAAAAACUCGGCCACUGACGCCCUCUUGUGGUUGAGAAGGGCUCUGGAGUUCCCUCAACAUUUUUUGGCAGGGAUCGCAGAAGGUGAGACUGACCUGGUUAAAGUUGCAAAAGCUGCGUAUGAAAGAUCAUUGAAGAAAUACCACGGUUGGAUGGUGCAAAGUAUCUUUUCUCUUGCAAUGAAAGCGGUUCCGUACUACCACGACUUCGUAAUGAAAGUGGCGUCAGGCGAUGAAAAGGCGAUGAUUCGGGAUGCAAAAACCUACGCGGAUAAACUUGGAAUCCUGACAAAAGCUCUGCAAGAUUUUUAUACGGCUAACAAUCUAUAAGAAAACAAAAAAGAAAACAAAAAAAAAGUCUAGAAAUAUGUUAGUACGUUGGGAUACGUUGAUUUGAUUAUAUAGAUAUCAUCCUCUGGGAGGAUGACACGAACUGACACGAGCGUACAAAUAAAGAAAAGCCCCCCCCCCCCAUUGCCUUCAAUAGGAAUAGAAGCUGAUGGUCACAAAGGCUGAAAAAUGAUAUAACACACAUAAUAUGGUGUGCCGAACAAUAUAUUCUCGUUUUCAUUCUUUCGCAUCUUUCUUCUUUGACCUUGGAAUUGACAAUAGCAUUCUAUGACUUCAGUAGCUUUUUUCCGAUAUUUUUGUGCAUUCCACGGCUCAUUUGAAGCUACUUUGCACGAUUUAAACUAUGGUUGAAAACCUUUUUUCUUCGGAAAUGACCGAGAAAUAAUGCACGCCUGGAUGUCAUCCAUAUAAUCAAACCAACGUGGAUAUUGCUUCGUAUUGGGUGAAAUUGUGCACAUGUAUAUUUUUUGUGGGGGCAAAAGCACUUUUACUGUUGUUAAAGAUUACUGGGUUUUGUGGUGAAACUGUGCACAUGUAUCUUUUUUGUGGGGGCAAAAGCACGUUUAAUGUUGUUAAAGAUUACUGAGUAUUGUGGUGAAACUGUGCACAUGUAUCUUUUUUUGUGGGGGCAAAAGCACUUUUACUGUUGUUAAAGAUUACUGAGUUUUGUGGUGAAACUGUGCACAUGUAUAUUUUUUGUGGGGGCAAAAGCACUUUUACUGUUGUUAAAGAUUACUGAGUUUUGUGGUGAAACUGUGCACAUGUAUAUUUUUUGUGGGGGCAAAAGCACUUUUACUGUUGUUAAAGAUUACUGAGUUUUGUGGUGAAA